AUGUCUAGCGGCAAGUGUGCAAUUGCAAUGAUGAGCAUGACACUGGCGCUAACACCACAGGCCAAUCGGAAAGAGGAGUAUUGUCCGAUGCCAUGCUCGCAAUGA